GCAUGUCUCUGCUCUGCCGCAAUGUCUGACAUUUCUACAAGCUUUGCGACCAUCCCGAGAAACAUCGCCUAUUGCAUUUCGCGAUAAAGGAGUCUCUAUACUAUUGACCCUUACUCAUCCCCGCGUUUGAUGCCUGACCGCAUUUUGCGGGACUACUUUCUAUCGGCCCACCGCCUCACCUGCCGAGUACUGACGUGAGUCAUUCUACCCCAGCAGACUACACCGCACAAUGGCGGAUACGGAUCCUGCAAAUAAAAACCCACGGGCGGCCACAGUCGAGGACCAUCCAGAUACGGAUGACGAAAAAGGUGAUUCCAGCGCAUCAAAGCCUGCUUCCAACUCGGCAUCCAAAAGGGCCCGCAAAUCUUCGAAGACUUCAUCGAGCAAGACUCGGCCAGCCAGUAAUGUUGGACAAUCGGAACCUCCCCCUCCUAAAGUCAAGGACCCUCCACGGCCUUCUGAAGAGCCAGCUAGUCGAGCAGGCGCGAGGGAUGAAGUGAGCUCUGAGCCGGGUGCCAGACCUCACAAAUCAAGGCGACACAGCCAGUUGCCCCCUCCAAUCAGCCCAGGAAAGGUACCGAAGGAGCAAAGAACACGUAGUCCAGAGAGACGUCCUCAUGAGCACCAUCGUCCUGAUUCUUGUAGAGAAUGUGCAAGCGCAGCCCGCCAUGGUCAUCCGAGACCUGGAAUAAGUCCUCUUCAGCAGCACGAACAACGCGCCAAUACCUUUCCCAUGCGACCCAAAUACGGACCACCACCAGUUGUCAGUCAUGGUCUUCCCCCACCAGGACAUGUCCUGCCCCCAGUGUAUCUGGUGCCCUCUGGCAUGAGACCAGCAUAUCCUCCUGGCGGCAAUUUUCCUGGAGGCCAUCCGCCACCACACCCUGGACCUGCCUUUGACCCAAGGGCCCAAGGAAUGCGCUCAGCCAUGGCACCGCCUCCUCAGCCUCAUCUCCGGAUGUAUCCUCCAUCUCAAGUCUCUAUGCCUCCCUCCUUACCUGGAAUAGGAGGACCGACAUCCCCAAUAAAAACAACGGCAAGACCUGCAUCUAUCCAUCACUCCCGGAAGACAUCAUCUGCGAGCUCUAAGCCACAAUUUUCUUCUGCCAAGAUAACACAGUAUGAUACCUUCUCUGCGGCUUACCAUCCGGAUGAUGAAGAGCACGUUUCUGCUCGGAACCUGCCUUCGAAACCGCACCAUGUACCAGGAGGAUUUGAAUCUGAUUCAUAUUCCUCGGAGUCACCGCCAGACAGUCCUGAGUACUAUGAACAAUCUAGUCGACCACAUCCUUUGCAACGCGCGACGACGUCAGCAGUCCAACAGAUUCAUAGGACUGGACACGCAAGGUCGAGGUCAGACUAUCCUACAGACUCGAGCUAUGGCUACCGUCCAGCAUACCCAUCCGAUCCUGGCUGGGAUCCUUAUCCACAACGACUCUAUCCGGAUCACGAUGAUCCGCGGGCCUACCCUGGCGGCCGUCGAGGCUCUGAUGCUUCCAAUUGGACACAUCAAACCUCGGCCUCUGAUCCUGUACGUUCUGGCUACGUUCAGUACGCGCCCCCCGAGCACCAUGGCAAUUAUAGGACGUCUGAGGAUGCUGCCAACAUGUACAUGAACCAAGCUCGUGGACACCCGGAGGUAAGAGAAACAGUUGAGACACUCAAUCAACGGAGCAAUGGACCACGGAGCACUCGAAGCACUCACAGCCAUCGCCGUAGUCAGCACAGCAUGAGUGAGACGUCUUCCAGGUACCGUGGAGCCGAGGGCAGUGUGAAGCUCAUCAUGCCAAUAUCAGCAGAGGGAACCAAAAUUCAGUUGAGCGGUGAUAUGGGAGAUCGCGAAGUAUCAUUCCGACCGACUAACGAUCCUGGUCAGGUUGAGGUGACAAUAGGUACUGUCAAUGGUGGAGAGCGCAGGUAUCUGAAGAGUGGCAGCCAGUCGUCUCGGCCUACAAGAUCUUCUGGAAGCACACGGCAUGCCACCAGAGGUGGAGCAGAGGGGCUGGAGCAGGUUCGCGAGCAUCGAGAGCACCGUGAGCGUCGCGAGCACAGGCACUGAGUCGAUUGGCAUCCUCCAGGACGUAACGGACGGGGAGUGAAGAAGGCGUCUGAGGAAUUAUGGUCUUUACGGCGAGUAAUGAAAGGAAAAAGGCGAAGGAUGGAUGAAUGGGAUGCGCAUGUUGUGCAAUGUUAUGAUUUGAUGAUUAUAUGAACAUGAUGAACAGUCUCCGCUCUCGACGAUUGGGCAGGCGCUCUAGUUCAGUGCAGCGU